AUGUGCUACAAAACAGCACGCCAUAGUGAUGGCAUGAGCAUUGCAUGCAGAAUGCAUCCCGGUCAAAGUAUCGCUCGCUCCACUUUCUGUCGCGACUCGACCAUCUACUCCAGGAUCUGUCAAUCUCAGCUCCUCCGCCUGUUCAAGGUUGUCGGCGUCGGCCGAGCGACAUGUGCGGGAAACUCGAAAACCCGCAUGAUGUACGGGGCAUCUGCCGACACGGGAAGCGCGACGAUGUGCCAGCCGACUGGGACAGCUGAUGGCGCCUGCGGCCAAGCAAAGUACCUGCCUGAGGCGUCGAGUUUUCAGCUCCAGCCGGACACAGAUCCGAAGCUGAACAUACAGUACAAGUACUUGGAAGUUUCAAGGGGCCAGACGACGACGUACCAAAGUCGAUGGCAUAAGCAAGCACCAACUCUGAAGUCUGCGGAUCCUCGAGUCACCAUUGGAAACAGAAGCUGCCUGACCUGCAGGCUACCUGGACCACCGUCUCGACCAGGCCUUCGAUACAACUGCCACGCAGACGUUCUGCGAGCAUCAGCAGCGAGAACCUCGGAGAAGGCUGGAUCAGUGUGGCUUGCUGCCUUUAUGCCUGACAGUGCAAGAGCUGACCACGGCAUACAAAACUCGAGGCCAAUCUCACCCCUGAAAGGUGACCCUGUUCAUGCUUAUGUUUCCCUCCUAGAGCGUGUAUAUCAAAACUCGUCGUAG